AUGGACGUGGCGGCCGCCGCCGCCAAGGCCGCAGGCCUCCAGGCGAAGGACCUGCGCUGGAAGACGCGGCUGAGUUUCUUCGUGAACGGCAGCAAGGUGGAGGUGCCCGACGCCGAGCCGCACCACACCUUGCUGUGGUUCCUGCGGGAUCGCCUGGGCUUGACAGGCACCAAGCUGGGCUGCGGGGAGGGUGGCUGCGGCGCCUGCACCGUGACCGUGGCCUCCUACGAGGACGGCCAAGUGGCGCACCGGGCCGUGAACGCAUGCCUGGCGCCUUUGUGCAGCGUGGACGGCUGCCACGUGACCACCGUGGAGGGCAUCGGCACCUCGGCCACGCCCCACGCGGUGCAGCGGCGCGUGGCAGAGCUCCACGGCUCCCAGCCGGGCCCCGAAGCGACCGACGGCUUCGACGGGAAGCGGCGGUUCGGGCGGUUCGACGGGGGUGUUGACAUGAUGGCGGGCAUGGAGAAGCAGGAGCGGCUGCUGGUGAUCGACUUCGGGUCCCAGGUGAGCCACCUGAUCUGCCGCCGGGUCCGGGAAGCCGGGGUCUACUGCGAGCUGAGGUCGUGCCUCCUGACGCUCUCCGACGUCACUAGCUUCCACCCCCAGGGCAUCAUCCUGAGCGGCGGGCCCCACUCCGUCUACGACAAGGACGCCCCCCACCUCAGCAAGGACAUCUGGAGCUACAUCGACGAGAAGAAGCUCCCGGUCUUCGGCAUUUGCUAUGGGCUCCAGGAGAUGUGCCAGGCUUUGGGGGGCAAGGUGGAGGCCGGCACCAAGCGCGAGUUCGGGCACGCGGAGCUGCUGAUCCGCAACGACGUGGCGCACCUCACCAAGGACGGGUCCAAGAAGGUGAAGGGCCGGAGCCCCGUCUUCGAGGGCAUCGCGGCGGAGAGCGUGCCCGUGUGGAUGAGCCACGGUGACAAGGUCACGGAGAUCCCUCCAGGCUUCCACUCCAUCGCCUACACCUCCAACACGGAGUUCGCGGCCGUGGAGGACCAGGAUCGGCACUUCUACGGGGUGCAGUUCCACCCGGAGGUGACCCACACCCCCAGCGGGGCCGCCAUGAUCAAGAACUUCGUGCUGAAGGUGGUGGGCUGCAAAGGGGAGUGGAACAUGCACGACUUCUGCCAGAAGCAGAUCGACAUCAUCAUGAACAAGAUGGGCGAGAAGUACGUGGUGGGUGCCGUCAGCGGGGGAGUGGAUUCCAGUGUGGCUGCGGCCUUGGUCCACAAGGCGAUUGGAGAUCGCUUCCGGCCCUUCAUGGUGGACACGGGGCUGCUGCGCAAGGACGAGGCCAAGAUCGUGAAAGAGCGACUGGAGAAGCACAUCCCAGGCAUGAAGCUAAAGGUCUUGGAUGAGAGCGCGCACUUCUACAAGGAGCUGGCCGGGGUCUCGGAGCCGGAGAAGAAGCGGAAGAUCAUCGGCCGGCUGUUUGUGGAGGCCUUUGAGAAGGCGGUGUCGGAGAUGGGCUUGCCCCACGAGAAGUGCCUCCUGCUCCAGGGCACGCUGUACCCGGAUGUCAUUGAGUCCACCAGCUACAAGGGCCCCUCCAGCAUCAUCAAGACCCACCACAACGUGGGGGGCCUGCCGGACAGGAUGAAGAUGGAGGUCAUCGAGCCGCUGCGGCUGUUGUUCAAGGACGAGGUGCGGGCCCUGGGCAACGAGCUGGGUCUGCCGGUGACCUCGGUGAUGAGGCAUCCCUUCCCGGGCCCCGGCUUGGGCAUCCGCAUCAUCGGGGAGGUCACCAAGGAAUCCGCAGAGACGCUCAGCGCGGCGGACGACAUCUACAUCGAGGAGCUGCGGAAGGCGGGGCACUACGACAAGAUCGGGCAGGCCUUCGCAGUGCUGCUGCCCACCGUGCGCUCCGUGGGGGUCAUGGGGGACCACAGGACCUACGAGAACGUGUGCGUUUUGAGGGCCGUGACCACCACGGACUUCAUGACGGCGGAUUGGUACGACAUGCCCCACGAUGUGUUGGCGCGCAUCUCCAACCGAAUCAUCAACGAGGUGAAGGGCAUCAACCGGGUGUGCUACGAUGUGUCCUCGAAGCCUCCGGCCACCAUCGAGUGGGAAUGA